AUGUCCCAUGUGGAACUAGAGAGAGAACGUUUCGUUGUCAAAGGCAAAAUUAGUAAGCCGUAUGUGGUGCACAUGAAUGUCAAUGGUAAAGAGUUACCAAUGGAAAUUGAUGCAGGCUCUGCAGUUUCAAUUAUCCCAGAGCGGGAGCUAGAACGAGUGUUUGGAAGCGUUCCGUGCACAGAGUCGGAUAUAAGGCUAACCACCUAUAACGGAACCCCGCUGCAAGUUAAAGGCACAUUUGAAGUCGACGUAGUAAACGAAGGCAAAGAAUAUAGGCUUCCGCUGGUGGUAGUGCGGCAGAGAAAGGGUUGCCGCAUGCCCACGUUGAUGGGACGAAAUUGGCUAACGGAGGUUAGGCUCGAUUGGAAUACUAUUAGCUAUAUUCGUGAGGGCAACCCAGAAAAUAGGUUCACCAAGUACAAGAACGUGUUCGAGAAAAGCUUCGGCAAUAUUAGAGGCUAUGCCGGGACCUUGACGCUGAAAGAAAAUGUGAGACCAGUAUCCUGCAAGGCUAGAGCCGUGCCUUUUGCCCUACGGGAAAAAGUGGAAGAUGAGCUACGCACCAUGGAAAAUGACGGUAUAUUGUACCACGUACAAACAAGCGAUUGGGCCACGCCAUUAGUCAUCGUUCCCAAGAAGGAAUCUAACAAGAUUAGGCUGUGUGGCGAUUAUCGGGUAACUGUUAACCCGUGCUUGAAAGUGAACCACUAUCCCCUACCGCUCCCCGAGGACGUCUUUGCAAACUUAGCAGGUGGAGAGUGUUUUACCGUAUUGGAUCUGGCAAAAGCAUAUUUGCAAUUGGGGAUGGAUGAGUACUCCCAAGAGCUUUUGACCAUUAAUACGCAUCUGGGCUUGUACAGGUUCACACGAUUACCUUACGGAAUCGCUAGUGCACCAGCCAUUUUCCAAUCCGUUAUGAACCAAAUACUGCGCGACGUACCAGGAGCUGUAUGUUAUCUCGACGACGUGUUAAUCUCGGGAAAAGAUUAUCACGGGUGCAACGAACGUGUGAAUGCCGUCCUUGCAAGGCUGCAAGCGCAUAACAUUCGUGUCAAUAAAUCAAAGUGUCAAUUCUUCCAAAACUCGGUGAAGUAUUGGGGACGCGAAAUCGACGGUAAAGGGAUUCGUCCCACAAAGGAACACGUUGAAGCUAUCGCCAAAGCACCACGGCCGAGAAACCUGACAGAGUUGGAAGCCUUUCUCGGUUUAUUGAACUACUACGGUCGUUUCCUGCCAAAUAUUGCUACAACGUUAGAACCGCUACAUCGUCUGCUGCGUAAGGGUAUCCCCUGGAAGUGGACAGUGGCCUGCCAGAAAAGCUUCGAAGACGCGAAGCAGCUACUUUGUAAUGACGUAGUCCUUUAA